AUGGCACGAGACAGAUUACAGGCUAUGCGCGUACGUUCCGACCGCUUCAUGUUUGCAGCGAGUAUGAGGAUGAUCCGGAUGAUACAGCAAGGUCAAGGCGGAGGAUAUGGCCAGCCUGCUGCUCCUCCUUCUCAGGCGACCUACAACGCCCCGCAGCAGUCAUACCCCUCUCAGCAACCAUACUAUCAGCAGCAGCAACAACAGCCACAACAGCCUCAACAAGCCUAUGGAGGUGCAGCUGGAGGCUAUGACCGACGUCAACAGGAUCAGUACGAUCAGCCGCCGCCUGUACAACCAACAGGGCGACAGAACGGUGCCUCGCACGAAGCCUACGAGAUGGGUCACGUCAAUGGCUCUCAACCAACCAUGCAGGGAUUCUUUGAUGAGGUUUUCACACUGAGAGAAGCGCUAGAGAAGCAACUAUCAGCCAAUAUCAGCGAGAUCGAUACGCUGCACUCACGUAUACUCAACGCGACAGAUGAUAAUGCUUCGGCACAAGCUCACGCUCAGCUGCAAGACGUCUCUCGUCAGACCACUUCCCUCACUAAUAACAUCAAAGUUCGCAUUCAGCGCCUGAAUGACGAGACAAAUAGGAUGCCGCCAGGCGGGGAUCAGAAUACUCGUCGUACCCAGAUCGUAAAGCCAGAUGCGACCCAGGAGGAAGUCAAUGCUGCUCUCUCGGACCCUUCCGCCCAAUCGCAAAUCUUCUCGCAAGCCUUGGUCAAUUCGAAUCGAUAUGGUGACGCCCGAGCAGCCUACAAAGAGACGCAAACGCGCAAUGAAGAUAUCAAGCAGAUUGAGCGGACAAUCGGCGAACUCGCUCAGCUCUUCAACGAGAUGGCGAUGAUGAUUGAGCAACAGGACGAGCAAGUCAAGGCUGUCGAAGUUCAGGCUGCAGGCGUCGAGACGGACAUGCAAAAUGCAGGUCAGCAAAUCCACAAAGGCAAGCUAUCUGCCAUAGCGGCGCGGAAGAAGCGAUGGAUCUGCUUCAUCAUCCUCCUCAUCAUCUUGAUCAUCGUGGCUAUUGUUCUGGCGGUACAUUUCACCCGUUAG